AUUUCUUAGGAUAAAUCGGUUUCCAAUUUUUAUUAAAAAAGCGAACCGAAAUACGCGUAUUAACCGAAUGCCCAGCCCACUCGAACCACGCGAACCCGAGCCGUACGCCGCCGCCGCCGUCUUCCCCUCCCCUUCCUUCCCCAGCCGCACGCCGCGAGCGAAACCGUAAUCGGCCACCGCAACUCCGCCAUGGACUCGCUCCUCGCCAGCUACGCCUCAUCCGACGACGACGCCGACGAAACCACACCUGCCCGUACCCCCGCUCCGGUCCCUGCCGCGGCCCCGGGCGGCGAGGCGGGCGCGAGGCCCGCCGCCGCAUCCUUCCGCGGCGGCGGCAGCAGCAUCUUCUCCUCGCUCCCGCAGCCUAAGUCCGCCCCCCUCUUCUCCUCCCUCCCGGCGCCCAAAUCCGGCCCCACCUUCUCCGCCAUCCCGCCCCACAAUUCCUCCGGAAACCCUAAGCGCGUCGUCCAGUACCGCCCGCAGCCGAUCCGGCAGCCCACCGGCGACAGCUCCGACGACGAGGAGGACGACGCUAAGAAGCGCCGCGCCAGCGCCGCCGAGGCGCGCCCACCCGUGUCUGUUGGCUCGGGGCCCGUGUCCUCGUUCCUUCCGCCGCCGAAGCACUCUCUCGGGCUCGGCUCCGGGGCCGGGGCCGGCGCCAGGAGGUCGGCCAUAGAUACGGCUGCGCUGGAGAGAUCAAAUCUUGGCGCCGCUGUGCCUUCAAGUUCGGUUGCCAACACGGGAGCGCCAGAAAGGCCUGAUGCUGGUGCUGCCGAUGACGACGAUUCAGAUGAUAGCGGCAGUGAGGAGGACAUGCCUGUGCCGGAGCAGCAGGAGGGGCACGAAGAACAGCAGCGUUUCGAUGCUGGAGCUGGACAGCAGCAACAGCAAGGCUAUGAUGCUGGAGUUGGGAGCACCAGUGGGUAUGAAGCCUAUGCUUGGGAUCCAAACUACUACGCUCAAUAUGGUGCGAAUUAUGGCUUGGAUCCUAGUGGCAAUGUGAAUUAUGCGACUGGAGCAGAGUAUGCUGCAUAUGGAGGAGAGCAAAGUGGUGGUUAUGUUCAUUCACAGGGAGGAGAGGGUGGUGGAUACGGGCAUGUGGCAGCGGCGCCAUACGGAGUAGAUUGUACUGGAGGAUAUGGGCAUGAGGUGGCAGCAACAACAUUGCCACCAGCGCAAGAACCUGUAUUGCCACCAGUGGUGGGUAGGAUUGGAGGGAAGAGGGGUAGGAAUGAUAUACCGGUGGAGAUUGUAGAGGUAAACCAAGCAGAGUUGAUGAAGAACCGACCAAAGCAGGAUAAGUCCAAGCUCACUGGAUUGGCCUUUGGUCCUAGUUACCAGCCUGCCCCUUCAGCGAAGGGAAGGCCAUCCAAGUUGCAUAAAAGGAAGCAUCAGAUUGGCACUCUAUUCUAUGACAUGAAGUCAAAGGAGAUGGAGCUCGCUGAGAGGCGCUCUAAGGGCUUUCUUACAAAAGCAGAAACUCAAGCGAAAUACGGUUGGUGAGCAUGUCAGGGAAAAAAAUUCAGGAUACUUUGUGGAUGUGUCGGAAUUGAAAUGUUUAUGAGCGUUGUUGAAAAUUUUGCUCUAAUGGUUAUGGACGAUGUACAUCCAAUGAAGAACAAACAGUUCAAUGAUCUGUC